CCACAAUUCUCCAAUCCCCGAAAAUUCUCGCUUGAAGCAGCUCUUGCCUUUGAACACAACGGACGCCCAACGACGACCAACUUCGACGACUGCUAACGACAUCAACAGCAAGCAGCAACAAUGGCAGUUACCGGCAAGAACUAUGGCGUCGGCGCCAAGCGAAGCACUCCUCUCGCCAACAAGAAGAAGACCGGCUCGAUGAAGGGACACUUGAGCAAGCGUACCGCUUUCGUCCGCGGUAUCGUCACAGAGGUUGCUGGUCUCGCUCCCUACGAGCGCCGCGUCGUUGAACUGCUCCGCAACAGCAGAGACAAGCGCGCAAGAAAGCUCGCCAAGAAGAGGCUCGGUACUUUCGGACGUGCCAAGGCCAAGGUCGAGCAGCUUCAGACCGUUAUUGCUGAGGCCCGCCGUGCUGGUCACUAAACAACCUGUACAUCUGGUUUCUUUGGCGUAGGGGCAUAGGAAAGGGCACACGGACAAGAAUUCGGCAG